GCUGAGCCGACAGCCAUGGCGCGACUGACAGCCGAAGAGGCGCAGUCCCCUCCCUCGGAGAACGACGGCGGCGAGCGUCCAGUUCGCAAACAGCUCAAAGAAACCACCAUCGAGUCUGCUCCGCUCCCCUUGAAAGCACAAACCGAAGAGAACGGCGGCAACAGCAGGUCCAGUAGCCAACGCCGCAAGCGCUCCUUCGAAGAGUCCCGCGACGACAACGACGAGGCAGCUGGAAGUAGCCCGAACUCCAGCCCCAACGCUAGACGGAAGCGCUCACGCGAUUGCACCCCGGAGAAUUCGGAGCCUUCCAAGAUUGCCAAGAACAAGGGUGCGCAGUCCAGUGCCGACAACCCGAAAGUGAGUUCCCGUGAUCCUCGACGCCGGCCCAAGGUGGCCGCGAGCCCUCCCCAGCGUCAUCCUCCCCCUGUUUCUCGGAUCAAAUAUCCUCUCCUUCCUUGCAACUACAUCCUCCCGCAGACCCGCGCCUUUGGCCUGGAAGACGACGGAUCCCCGGCUCCUUCAUGGGCCUUUUCCCCCCUCUCGGAUGAGCUCCCCAUACAGGAGAGCAUUGAAACCGAUGAUGAUGAUUAUGCCAACACGAUUUCGCAGGCUGCCCCCGUCGGCGAAUCCGAUGAUGACGACACUGAGCUCCCCGAAGCCAACAAUCCCAACGUGAGUGCCAAUUUUCCUUCUUCUUCCCAUCAAAUUCCUGGAUUCAACGUGGACGAUUUGAACGCUGUGGACGCCCCUUCCGGUAACCCUGUCAACGCUGCGGAGGGAUCUCCAGCCAGAUCUGGCAAAUCCACCCCCGCCAGUUCUGUGGAAUCCGAGAACUCCGUGAACCCCGAGGUCCCUGGUUUUGUUCGAGGAUUUGAGCUUGGAUUUUUUCUCUCCACCUUUCUCUUUACCGCGAGGGUCGAGCUAUCAGACCAGCAGCGUUAUGAAGCUUUUGCGUACUGGAUUUCGGGUCUUGUCGCGAACUCCUGGGCUCUCUAUCCCGAUCCUUCCUCUGGUCCUGUGAUUCCUACCCGUGUUGUUCCUGCUCCUGUGACUCCGGAACCUCGUGGGGCAAACGAAGAGAGCCUGCAGACUUCCUGGGCCACAGAUGACGAAGGCGAUGAGCCAAUUGUCAAGGAGGAGUCUGCUUCCCCUCUCUGUGCUCGUCCUGCCAGUGAAGAAAGCCCGUGCGGCUUCUGGCCUAAAUAUCGGCCACUUGAGGAUGCGGGCAUUGAGAGUCUGUCCACAUACGUUCCCACCAUGGUUGACGAGAACACUGAGGAACGGAAUAUGCCAUCUGAGCCUGCAGGAGCAGUCAUCCCUUCUGGACACCCAAGCGCCACAGCCCCAUCCGGAGAUACCCUCAGUCCUUACCAAAAAAGCAUUACCCAGUUUAUCACGUCAUCAGAACGGGAAGACUCUGAGUUCCGCAGAGAAUUCUCCGAGCCCGUGCUUUAUGACUAUUAUGACAAUUAUGCCAACCUACUCUCACAGGAUCCCGCGAUUGACCCCGAAGCCCCCACGAACCCGAAUCCUACAAGACCGAAGAAGAAAAGAAGUCGUGAGCAGCUUGAAAAGGACCGAUCGACUAGGUGCGACAACGGGACCUCGACCACUGACGAUCUCCCCAAGACCGCGCCUGCCGGCGAGAAACCUGCGAGUGGCGAGGAGCCCGAGAAAAAGAAGCAUCGUGACAACUCUCAGGAGCGCGAUACGGCGGCUACUAACAAUGCUUUCGCUGCCAGUGCAUUCGGCAACAUCUCCUCUACUUCGCCAUUUGCUGCUUUAGGUUCCGCGAAACCCAAGACCACCACUGAAGAACAGCCCGCCUCUACGUCUGCGUUUGCGUCGUCCAGCUUGGCGGGCUUUGCUAGCUCCGCGCAGUCUCCAUUUGGCUCACUGGGCGCGUCCUCUUCGUCUGUCUUCAAGCCAACUGACUCCACUCCCAAGGGUGGACUUGCGUCUCCGUCCAAAACCUCAGGAUUUGGUGGCCUUGGCUCCGGUUUCUCCGGUGUCGGCGGUGGCUUCGGCGCCGCAGCAAAACCGGGCGGUCUCACCAGCUUUGCCUCUCCCAAUGCUCCAACCACUUUUGGUGAGUCGAAGGCCAAGGCAUUCGGUGCCGAAGAAUCUGAAGACGACGAGACUGGCAACGACGAAGACGAAGACGAGCCUACAGCGGGCGCCUUUGAGGAAGAAAAGACCGAUGAGCGAUUCUUCCAGCAGACCAUCGAGACCGGCGAGGAAGAGGAAGAAAACCUUUUCGCAUGCAAGGCCAAGUUGUUCCACUUCUCCGAUAAAGAGUGGAAAGAGCGUGGCAUCGGCACAUUCAAGAUCAACACGAAGAAGGACUCCGACGGAAAGCUCGGCGCUCGGAUGAUCAUGCGCGCUGACGGCGCUUUCCGAGUGAUGCUGAACAGCCCCGUUUUCAAGGGCAUGAACUUUGGCGAUGCAGAGGGUGCCGAGCCGGCUUCCAAGCAGAUUCUGCUGGCUAGUCUGGAGGAGGGACGUACCGUUCCCCUGCUCCUGCGAGUAAGUGAGAUCAUUUCUCUGGUUGUCUUGACCGUGGUGCUAAUACUUCACACAGACUGGAAACGAGUCCUCCACCAAGGAGCUUUAUGA